AUUGCUGGUGAAAGUCCAGGCAUGAAUAGAAAGCUGCCUUUCUCUUUUUGUUUUUUUCCAUUUGGCACUAAUGUGCCCCCCCCCGACCCCCCUUUGCAGCACUCACGCUCUCUCCCUGCGUCGUCCCUCUCGCAUGUUGGCAUCGCCCCGCCGCUCGGCCUCACCUCCUCCCCCCUCCCUCCCUCCCUCUCCUCCAUUAGCAGGACGAGCAGAGCAGACGAGGACGGGACAGCCGAGGCAGCGCAAGCAGAAGAAAAAGAAGUAGCAGCAGCAGCAGCAGCAGCAGCAGCAUCAUGGACGUUCUGAAGAAGGGCUUCUCCAUCGCCAAGGACGGCGUGGUGGCCGCCGCAGAGAAGACCAAAGCCGGCGUGGAGGAGGCCGCCGCCAAGACCAAGGAGGGGGUCAUGUAUGUCGGAAACAAGACCAUGGAGGGCGUGGUGACCGGCGUCAAUACAGUGUCCCAGAAGACAACCGAGCAGGCCAACAUGGUGGCCGACGCCGCCGUCGCCGGGGCCAACGAGGUCGCCCAGGCCACGGUGGACAGCGUGGAGAACGCCGCCUUAUCCACCGGAUUCGUCACUGUGCAGACCGAUGCUCCAAAAACAGACGAUGGAGGAGAACAGACCCAACAAGCUGCUCAGUAGUGUCAACACUCACUUCCUGUUUGUGCCCGUCCAAUGAGGAGAAAGAAGACCGGUUCCUGCCUUUCCUCGCGUGUUGUCUUCCUGUGCUUUUCGCCCUCUUCCCACACAACUCUCGGCUGAUUGGUCGGGAUGUAGAGUGACGUCACUCUGACCCAACGUGCCGCCCCAAGCGUCCAAUCACAGGGCUGGAAGUCAGAAACACAUCCGAUGCCUUUUGCCGUGCAUGUAGCUUUGCCGAGAAACGCGCGCGCCUGCGCAUACACACACACACACACACACACACACACACACACACACACACACACACACACACACACGCAACCACUAAUGAAUCACUACACUUACCUGCAGUCUGUGUCGCUGUUAUUAACUGAGCUUCAGUGCUAUUUUCUUUUAUAAAACGAUACAAAUGAAAUAAAGGUACCUUUAACAUC